AUGGUACAUGACUUUUUAACUUUUUUAAAAUAUCCAUGGCAUUCAACAAAUGACCCUAACAAUCUAUCAUGUUGUAUCAAUGACAAUUGUUGUACAUUUAUAUGGGCUUCACAUCGUACUGGUUUUACACAUUUAUAUCUUAUACACUGUUCAUGGCCUAAAACUAAUUUAAUAAAUUCAAUUCAAAAUCAUAAUAAUCAUGAAAAUACAGUUGUACAUGACCGGACUGCAAUAAUUAUCAAAGCGAAACAAGUCAUUAUUGAUCAGUUAACUAAUGGUGAUUGGGAAGUUACUGGAAAUCAGAUUUGGUUAGAUGAAGAUAAUAAAUUUGUGUAUUUUGAAGCAUUUAAAGAACAUCCACUUCUGAAACAUGUAUAUUCUGUCAGUUAUGUUGAUCGACGAACUGAUCGAGAUCAAUUGCAUUGUUUAACAUUACACAUCACCACCACCACCACCACCAACAACAACAACAACAAUAACAGCAAACAUAGUGAUACCAUGGUAAUGCAAUCUAUUCAAAAUGUACACAAUUCAUUAUCAUCAUCAUCAUCACCAUUAACAAUGAAUACUAAUAAUAAUAUUGAAAAUAUCCUAGAUCCAUUAUUUCAUGAUUCAUGUUUAUUGAAACAAUCAUAUCCAUUAUCAUAUGAAUUGAAUUCAUUCAAUGUACAAUCAGGUAUAAUGAUUUUAGAAUCAAGUAGUUUAGAUAAAUUAGUUGGUAUUCAAAUUUGUCAAGUUUGUAUUAUUGACAGCAAUGAAAAUGAUGAUGAUGAUAUCAAGAAUACGCCUGCUACAUCCACUUUCACCGGUCAUAAACAUUGUAAACCAAUUCUAAAACAUGUGGGAUGGCUUCGUAAACAUGUAUGGCAUUAUAAUGCAUUCAAUGGAUUUUAUCCAACUAAUCCACCAUUAGUUCUACGAUGUGAUAUAUUUCAUAAUUUAGAUCAAGUGGUCACAUUACACAACACUGAUAGUAGUCAAUGUAUGAAUGAUUAUAUGAAUAGUAGUUGUGGUAGUAGUAGUAGUACUAGUAAUAGUGCUGCUACCAACACACCAAAUUAUAUUGAAUUUACUAAUUCACAAUCAAUAUUAUAUGGACAAUUAUUUUUACCAAAUUCUAAUCAUACUCGACUAUCAUCUGGUUCAUCAUCUAUCAAUAGCUCUAAUGUUGGUUAUCCAACACUACAUUUUGUUUAUGGUGGUCCAGGUGUUCAACUUGUUCGUGGUAAUUAUUCAAGAUCUGUAUUUGCUCAAGCGCAAUUAUUUUGUCAUUUUGGUUAUGCUGUCUUUUUAUGCGAUUGUCGUGGUUCAUCUAAUCGUGGCAUUAAUUUUGAUGGUCAUAUUAAAAAUCGAUUAGGUCAGGUAGAACUUGAUGAUCAUGUAGCCUUUUUAAAAUAUGUUGCUAAAAACACUGGACUUAUUGAUCUUUCACGUGUUGCUAUCAUGGGUUAUUCUUUUGGUGGUUAUAUGUCACUUAUGGCUGCAAUGCGAUAUCAUGAUGUAUAUAAAGCUGCAAUAGCAAUUUCUGCAGUGGUCGAUUGGAAGUUAUAUGAUACUGCGUAUACAGAACGAUAUAUUGGUUUACCUAAAGAUAAUCCAGAUGCUUAUCGAUUUGCUCAAGCGCAAUUAUUUUGUCAUUUUGGUUAUGCUGUCUUUUUAUGCGAUUGUCGUGGUUCAUCUAAUCGUGGCAUUAAUUUUGAUGGUCAUAUUAAAAAUCGAUUAGGUCAGGUAGAACUUGAUGAUCAUGUAGCCUUUUUAAAAUAUGUUGCUAAAAACACUGGACUUAUUGAUCUUUCACGUGUUGCUAUCAUGGGUUAUUCUUUUGGCGGUUAUAUGUCACUUAUGGCUGCAAUGCGUUAUCAUGAUGUAUAUAAAGCUGCUAUAGCAAUUUCUGCAGUAGUCGAUUGGAAGUUAUAUGAUACUGCGUAUACAGAACGAUAUAUUGGUUUACCGAAAGAUAAUCCAGAUGCUUAUCGUAAAGGCAAUGUUAUGGAGUAUGUAUACAAUAUGCCAUCGGAUCAAUAUCAUUUAUUUAUAUUUCAUGGUGGACAAGAUGAAAAUGUUCAUUUCUCACAUACAUCAACAUUAAUUGAAAAAUUAGAAGCUUGUGGUAAACCACAUCAUUUUCAGUAUUAUCCAAAUUCUCGACAUCGUUUAAAGCAUCAAUCACAUGUUGAAGCAACAGUUUUAAAUUUUCUUGAAGAAACUUUGCAUAAAUCAAAUUAA